AAAGAAUGUUUUCACAAAUGUUCUAAACCUUGUAAGCCUCACCACGGUAAUUGUUUUAAACAUUGUAAAGCUAAAUGUGGUGAGACAAACCCUCAUCAUGGUCCAGGAGGACAUCAUCAUGGUCGAGGAGGACCCCCUCCUCCCCCUAGACAGAACUUUACAUGAAAUGGGACACGUGGAAGUUCGUGGAAGAAAAAAGUAAUUAAAAGAAGUUAUAUAGAAAGUUUGCGAUAAUUUCUAUAGUUUUAAUUUCUUGUUAAAAUCGAAUAAAAAUAUUGAUAAUAUAAUUAUUUCUAAUUUCUUAUGCGGGUUAUAUAAGUCCCAGAAAGUAAAGAAAACUACUGAAUGACAAAAAAGAAGGAAAAAUAAUAUAUUACAAAACAAAACUACUAACACAAAAAAGAUAAUUGGUUUUACCGACUUUAAAAUUAUGAGUUUAUAUAAAACUGUGCCAUGUUUUAUCAAAAUUUGGUUGCUCAACAAAUUUCUAUAAUAAAUUUUACAAUAUAGUAUAUAUAUGAGAUCAUCUUAAAAGUUCGAGAUCUUUUUUGUCAAUAUUAAUAAAAGUAUCCAAAAGAUUCAUUUAACCCAAGUCUCUGAACGGAUUUAAAUAAAUAAAAUUCGUGUUAAGUUAAACUCAGCCAAAUAAGAUAAAAAGUACUUAUAAAACUACAAUUGGUUUACGAAAAUAAAUUUUCAGCAUGUUUAAUUUAUGUUACUGUUAAAUAAACGCUUCAACAUUGAAAUUAUGUGUGAUUGAUAUACGAAAAAAUUGUUUUUAGACAAAGAUCAUUGUGUUUGAAAAAACCAUUUAUGUUAUUAUAGAAUUUUUCCAUUUUAUAAAUGAAAAAAAAAAAAAUAUAUAUAUAUAUAUAUAUAUAUAUAUAUAUAUAUAUAUAUAUAUAUAUAUAUUAGGCAUGGUACUAUUGGGUUUGGGUGGAGUCUGUUAGACCCACUGAUUCUGUCUAGUAGAACCCCAUUUUGAAAGACGGCAGGGAUACUUGUACUUGAACAGAGGACUGGUGGUGGCUGCGUCAGUGGCGGUAGUGCUUCUUCGGUGGCAGUGCCGUCCCAAACAAUUAGGUGGCUUAAAGCAUUUGAAAAAAAUGUGGUCUUCAUAGAAAUUAUGUGUGUCUCAAAGACAAAAUUAUGUAUGUCCAUCGAGAUGGUCAAAGUUUUUUUAAAGUCACGGCUGAAAGAGCUUUUUUUGUUUGUCAAAUAAGUUAAAUUUCCUUCUUUUUUUUGUCGAGGAUUUAUUUAGAUAUUACAAUUAUGAAAAAGAUUACAAAGACGAUCAACCGACAAUACUACCUACCUUAUGAGGAUCUACGUCUAACUACAUCAUUUGAGCCGUCCUAUGAAGAUCACGCCUGACCGGAUUUACUUGCACCAUGUUGAGAAACUCUUGUAAGCCUUUCUUCCGUAAUCGCAUAAUUGUUGAAUAUAAUAAAUUAAAAAAUGGAAACUCGUAAAAAAGAAUGAAGAUCAUGCAUUUUUGGUAUUAAUAUAAUAAAUGAAAAAGGCUUGUAUACAAAAUUUAAGAUGUGGCCUAAAUUUUUUUUAAAAAAUUAUGUGGCCUAAAGCUUGUGCUUUUGUUGCCUUAAGAGGAACGGGCCUGUUCGGUGGUUUCCAUGGCUCUGUUUCAGUGGCGUGUCUUCAGUUUAGAGUUAAGUAGUGGCUUCGCAGUGGUUCAAUAUCUUCAUCGGUGUGGCACCUCCAGAUUCGUUUGGCAGAGACUGCGGCAUUCGAGUUUUCAUUUCAACUAUUGAACCGCUUUUGGGCUUUUCUGCUCAAUCUCUAUGGUCAAUCGGAUCCAAAUUUAGUGGGCUUUGAUUUUUCUUUACAACUGUUAUUUUUUUAUCUUCUAGAUUUUAUAAAUUCCCAAAAAUUAAUAUGAAAACCCUUUGAAAAACCCUUUAAUAUUAACAUUGUAUAUUCCAAAACCAUAGAAAUGAAACCUCAAUUACUUGGACUAGUGGGCCAAAAACCAUUUUCACUAAAUUCUUCUGUAUUUUGGUUUAGAUUUUAUCAUCAACGGUUUUACAAGAUAGAACACUUUAUGUUCAUCAAAUAUAUAGCACACUAGGUAAUAAGUCAGAGUAUUUGCAUUCUCAACACAAGCAUCAUAUUGUAUUUAGCUAUAUACACAUUUGAAUCCUUCCCCCACGUUUUUCUAAGGUAUAAUGACUUUUCUGUCCUUAUGACCUACAUUAUGUACAUAGCUAAAAUACACUAAAGUAUUUUGGUUGAGAAUCCAAAUACUCUAUUACUUACUCUUCUUUGCUUGUCAUCUCUCUCCUCUCGUCUCCUAAUUUUUUUUACAAAAAUCUUUAUUUUUCUGCAAAUCUGAAAUCUCCACUAUCUCUACCAUCGAUUCAUCUCAUCGUCAUCUCACAUUCCUCUGUGCCACUUCCUAUCUUCGUUUCCUUUUCCAUCUGAUCCAAUCAAUUUUUUAUUCUUACAAAAUCUUCUUUAAGUUCAAACUCCAAAUCAUCAUCGACACCGGAGGACAUGCCUCCUCUCCCGUCUGAAUUCUGCUUUCAAUUUUAUUUUCACUUUUUCACAAUUUGUGUCUUAAUUCACUGAUUCUUUGUAGGUGGUAAUAUGUUCCGGCGCAUAUAUAAAUCCACCUCUCCCUUUUUAUGUUCGCUUGUCCAGUGAACAUAAAUGUUCAGCGUUGACUUUUCUUAUUUCGAAAACCCAGACUCCUUGUUCGAGCACUUACAUAAUGGAAACUGGUCUUUGAGCAGAGCAAUUACAAAGUGGUUACAUAAUUCAAUGAAGGUCAUAUAUUACAUUAAUGGUUAGAGGAAAGUUUGACAAACCAAAAUAAUCCAACACCUCACUAAACUCACCUGUAACCGUUUUAUGAAACAUAUUACAUCCUUGAAAUUGUUCAUAUAUGGUUACAAGAAAGUUUAGCCACAAAACCUCCCCAAAACAAGCUAAACUUUUCUGUAACCGACAAAUUUGAAAAAUGGUUACAUAAUUCAUUGAAGGUUAUAUAUUACCUUAACGGUUGCAAAAGUUUUUGACAAACCAAAAUAAUCUGACACCUCGCUAAACUUUUACGUAACUGUUUUCAGAAAACAUCUUACAUUCUUGAAAGAGUUCAUAUACAGUUACAAGAAAGUUUAGCCAUAAACCUCCCUACACAAGUUAAAUUUUUCAGUAACCGAUUCAAAAUGCUACAACACCGCAUACAUACAUUUUCGAAAAGAAAAAUAUAUUGCACUAGGAAUACUAAGCCUUUCAUCUGCUCAAAGAUUCAACACCUACCCUCCCUCUUGCUCUCUACGGAGGAACUAAAUUCCCAGUUUCUCUCCUUUUAUACAUAAUAAUUUUGUAUGUAGAUGAAGAUCUUUUUCUAUGAUUCACCAUUAAUUCUAUCCGAAUUUGUCAAUCUUCCUCAGCCUUUGAUUUAUUAAUUCCACGGGACUCCAUUGUUUCACGUUAUUGCGAGGAGAAAAAUAAAUCUAAGAUAAAUCUUAACCAAAUAUUUUUAAAAUCCUAUUAAUUAGCCUCCUAUGGUCCUACCUAUACACAUCCCUAACCUAGAUUGUUUCUUCAGUAAGAGAAGGGCUGAAAUGUAAUUUUACUUCUCCUUUUUUACUGUUCAGGCCAAAAAAUUAUUGUCGUGGGUAUUUUGCUUAUUUAUCAUAUUUUUUAGGAUUUCUACCCAAUUCACUCAAUAAGUCAUACCUUGCACGGAACGUUUUUUAAUAAAAUAAUUGUUAAGUAAAUAAUUUUUUUAAACAUAUUUUGAAGUUGAAAGAAAAUACAUUUUGAAAUAAUAUAUAUAAUUUUAAUGAUUUGAUCAAGUUAAAAUUAAAUAAACAGUUAAUUUUGUCAAUUUAAGUAUGAGAUCCGAUCUGGAUCCGAUCCAAAAAUCCGGAUAUCCGGCGGAGCCGAAUCCGGAUCUGGAUAUUAAAAUGUUGGAUCCGUCAAAGCCGGAUCUGGAUAUCUUGAGUUUUUAGUCUGGAUAUCCGGAUCCGUAAGUUUUAUUAUAACUAUUUCAAAAAUAGUAAUAUCUAUAUAUAAAAACUAAUUUUAUUUAAUAUAUUUUCAUUUUUAUAAUAGUAUAUAUAAAUUUUAUGUAAAUUUGGUAAUAUUAUACAAAGAAAUAAUUAAAAACCUUAUAUUUUUCAUUUUUAAAUUAUUGUUAAUAUUUUAUAUAUUAAUAUUAUUAUUUUUAUUUAUUUUAAGGAUCUAGAUCCGAAUCCGGAUAUCCACCGGGUAUUACAGUUUUUAGAAGGAUAUUCGACGCCCGGAUAUCCGAGAACCCCGGAUCCGGAUACCUUAAAAUUGCCGGAAUACCCGAUCCGUCCCAGGCCUACUUGUCUCUUGCCGACGUAUAUUCUCAUAAUUUAUACUAUUAAAUUAGAAUUCCAGAUAUGAUUAUGCCCUUAGUUUUUAGAAUUAUUUACAAAACAAAUGCCAUUGCUUAUUUUGAAUUUUUUUAAUAAUUAAUUCGCUUUCUAUAUUUAUAACGAAUCAUAAACAACAUUAUUUUUCUUAGUCAAACUUAGUUCUUCAAAGUUGCUAAUUAACAUGAUUAUGACACAUGACACUUAAGAAUUUAAAAUGUUGACAUGUGUUAAACUAUUUUAUAAUUAAAUAUAUCUAUAUAUAUAUAUAUAUAUACUAAGAAAAUAACAAAACAAAUUUUAUUAAAAUGCAAAUUUAUAUAUAUAUAUAUAUAUAUAUAUAUCAAUAGUAAUUUUCCAUUUUUAAAAUUCUAAACAAAAGAUAAUUGAUUAAUAUGAUUGUGACACAUGGCAAUUAUCUAUUUAAGAUUGUGAUAUGUGUUAAACUAUUUUAUAACAAAUAUAAAUAUAUAUAUAUAUAUAUACUAAGAAAAUAACAAAAUCAAAUUUUAUUUAAAAAGUAAUUAUACUUAUUUGAUAGUAAUUGUCCUUUUCUAAAAUUUUAAACAUAAGAAAAAUUAAAAAAGUGUUUAAUAAAUUAUUUAAUAGUAUAAAAAUUUUAAAAUUAUUUAAAAAUAUUUUCUAUUUAAAUUUUCCUUUUUAAAAAUCUUAAAUAAAAAAUGAUUUUUAAAAUAAUUGAUUAAUACUAAUUUCCUUUUCUAAAAUCCUAAAGAAAAGAUAAUUGUAACAUAUUAUGUGAUUGUAAUUUUUCCUUUUAAAAUUUUGACAUGUGUUAAAAUAUAUCAUGAUUAAUAAAAAAAUAUAUAAUAAGAUGACAAAAAUCGUUUUUGAAACAAAAUAUUUUAAAUAUUAUUUCUAAGUUUUUUUUGUAAAUAUAGUUAAAAAGUAUUUGUAAAAUAAUUUAUUUACUACUAAUUUUCUUUUCUAAAAUCCUAAAAACUUAAUUAUUUGAUAGUAAUUAUCUUUUUCUAAACUGCUAGGAGAGGCAGGAAGAAAUUCAAAUCUCUGAUGUUGCUUUGGAUUAUUUGAUCUCUAGGGUGCCAACCAAAUUUUGUUCUGCCUUUUUUUUCCUUUCUUUUUGCCAUGGUAGAACAGUAUUUUAGAUUGAACUCUUGUACAAUCUAUUUUUCAUCAAUAUGAAAUUUACAGUUUAGCAAAAAAAAAUUAUAAUAACAAAUAUGACUCAAAUGCUUUUAAUAUAGGGAAAAUUGGAUAAAUAGGACACUUUGAACUUGGAUUUGUCACAUUAGGAUUUCUAGAAGAUAUUUUAGGAAAAUAGGAUUUUAGAUCUUGUAAAAUACCAAAGUACCCUUAAUUUACCAAUUAUGUUGAAUUUAAAUUAUAAAUUAUAAUAAUUUUCGUAAUAGAUUUUAAUGUUAAAAUUAAAAUCUAUAAAAAUUAAAAAAUAAAAAAAACACUAAAUGGGAAAAAAGGAGACGCGGGAUGCCGCAAACCUAAUUCCCCUUUCUCUUUGUCUUCUCCGUCGUAGACUCGUCGCUCUCCCACGGCGAUUUAGGGUUCAACGGUGAGAAGCUCUGUUCUUCGUCGGUGUUUCAUCAGCCCGUGGUCUCUACUCUCGUCUCCGUCACCAUCCUUUUCGAUCUCACUGAAGACACAACGGCUGCGAAUCGUUCUUCCUCUUCGUCGGGUCAAAUCGAUUUUCGAAGUGUUCUUCCAUCAAUUUCGCCUCUCAAUCUCACAAUUCUUCACAGAAGGUAUUGGAUUUCAUCUAUAGAUUCUCAUAUUAAACGAAAUCGAAGUGUUCUUCCAUUAAAGCUUGAUUUUUUUUAAAAUGAUUUGCCGUGUUUCUUAAAAUAAUUUUGUUUCACGGAUUGGUUGAUAUUAUUGAAACCUUUACAUGUGUGAUGAUAUUGAAACCUUUACAUGUUGAACUAAUAAUUUUGUCACGGUUUGUAGCUAUGUCUGAGGAGCUACCGAAGAGGCUUUUUAAGGAGGGCGAGGAGCCCCGAGUUACUCAGAUCAACAACAACUGCAGGAUCGACUACAUAAUCCGAAAGUUCCAAGCGUGGCUGCCAAAGGAGUUGGAUGUCGUGAAGAAAGACCCGGUUUUUCAUCAGAUUUUUAAGCUCCAUGAGAAUGGUCUUGGAUACUCUGCGAGGGUGAUACACAGCUUCUUGUGUAGGGAGCUGGUGACUUUCUUACAGCACGAGCUAUGGUUUGUCUUUGCGAGGAGACCGCUUCGAUUCUCAUUGCAAGAGUUCCACGCCGUAACCGGGUUUGAAUGCGAUACUCACAUUUCGAUUGAGGAGUUUGAAGAGUGGAAAUAUGAUGGUGGUUUCUGGAGCAAGGUUUUGAGGAGAAAAGAUGGAACAAUUACACUCUUCAACCUGUGGACUAAGGACAAGGAAGCUGUAAAGAAAUGGAAGAAUGCAGAUCGCAUACGUCUUAUCUACUUGGCGAUCAUUCUUUGUGUGGUAUUGGCGAGAGAUGAGAAGGCUAAUAUCCCCCUGAAGUACAUCGCGGUGGUCAUGGAUCUUGACAGAGUUCGAAGGUAUCCUUGGGGAGUUGCUGCUUAUGACCUUCUCUGCAAAUCCAUAGCCAAAAAUCGUUCCCAACUGAAGGAAAAGACCACUAGCUAUGUCUUGGAUGGCUUCUCAUACGCCUUGCAGAUUUGGGCAAUGGAAGCGGUGCCAAAAAUCGGGAAGCUUUGUGGAAAAAAGCUGGAUAAGGGUUUCAAGGACGGUCCUAGAUGCAUAAACUGGAUGGGAGCUGCGAAGGUGUCAUAUGAGGAGAUCAUUCGCUUGGAGGAGAUUAUUACACCCAAGGAUGACAUCUACCCAUACAUCUCAUGGACAGGAAAUUAUGAUGUUGUCAAAGCUCAGGCGUUUCGCAGAGAUGAUGAUGUGGAGGAUGACAGAAUCAAGGUUCUGAUGGAGAUGAUAAAGAAGGGGCAUGAUUUUAGUGAGCAUGUUUGGGAAACUGAAGAAAAUGAAGUGAUUUCUUUAUCUCUCGAUGACGAAUCAGCUGUGAAUGAUGAAGCAAGCGUGAAUGUUGAAGCAGCCGAGAGUGAUGACGACUUUCAGACUCCGAAAGGAUCAAAAAACGUUGGUUCUAGAUCAAAGAGGGGUAAAAAGAGGCUUCCCGAUCGUGGUAUGGAGAAGAGAAAGCAUAAGGUUCUCGCAAGUGGCGCAAAGCAAGCUCCUUUUAAUGAAGACAUGAAGGCUUUUAUGACACAGUUGUUUGAGCACAACUUCUCUGGAAUGGAACAAAGGAUACAGAAACAGAUGGCCGAGACAUUUGAGCAGAUGCGGACAGAGCUUAAACAAUCACGUAAGGAAGCCAGCGUUGAAGUUGAGCUUGGAGAGCCUUCACCGACAAAGCCAUCGACGAGCCAGGCACCGUUGAGGAGGUCCACACGCGGGGUAAACAAACACUAGUCUUCACCAUCCUCUUCAAUGUUAUUUUGUCUUGUUUAAGUUCGUGGUUUGCGUGUCUGUUUGUUUUAUUGGCAUCUAAGUUAUCGGCCUGAAUUUUGUUGUACUUUAUAAGGUCUCGGUUUGUAUGUGUGCUUGGUGUGUAAGUGUUCUUGGUUUGUAAGUGUCUUGUUUGAACUUAUGUAAUGGUCUGGAACUUUUAUGUAAAAUAAUUAUUAAUGAUAAUGUAUUUUGGUAUCUCAAUUAUUGCUUAUUUGUCAUGAAAUAACAGGAUGGUUCCGAGACUACAUUCGAUGUGAAUUAUAGUGAAGCAGAUGAUUUGGGUCGCGGGAUAGGUACACAAGGGGUUGAAGGGCUUUCUCAGACGUCGUAUGUGCCAGGCUUUGAUCCAUCUCAGGACAAAAAAGAAGAAGACUGGUGGACUCCAAUGACUUCGGUCCGAGGUUCAGUGGAUAAUCCAGUAAAGAAAGAAAAGACAGAGAUGAAUACAGCUCCACCGCCGUCACAGUGGGAGAAAUGGUGCAAAAGAAAAGGUCAUGGACUUCAGCUUAGCGAUUCACCAUUGCCAGAAGAUGCUUCUCCGCAGGCGUCACUUUAUUAUAUCUCCGAAGAGUCAUGGAAAGGAUUCACGGAAUGGGCAUUAAAGCCUAUACCUUUAACAAUUGGUCCUACAUGCUUUAAUUUGUCUGUAGCUACAAGAGUAGUAAGUGCUGGAAAAUGGCUUGGAAACGAGGUAAUGAAUCUUGUACUAACCUUUAGUGAAUUUAUCUUCCUAACACUUCUUAUAUGCUAUAUUACUUAACUUUCAUUGUAAAUUUUUAGGAGAUGGAUGCGGUUAUGUUUAUAUGGCGUGUGAACACUACAUUGAAUCGUUGGGCCCCUCGGCGUGUUGCUUUCAUGAGUGCUAUGUUUUGCCUCCAAGUAGACGCUGCAUACAAGAAGUUUUUACCAAACAAAAAAGCCUAUCAAUUGCCUGAUUUCCUUCUUGGGUACGGCAGAGGAGAGCUUCCAUCUCAUGGGCGGACUGAUCUAGUUUGGGGUGUUGAUGUUGAUCGACUCUACUUUCCUCUGUUUGUAAAUGGUAACCAUUCAGUUCUUUUUACAUCCUAGUAUACAUUUCUUCGUUUACAAAUUUUUGUGGACACGAACGCAGGUAAUCACUGGGUUGGUGUCUGUGUAAACAUCAUUGAAAGAAAAGUAGAAGUCUUUGAUUGCGGUCGGGGAAAGAACAGACAGUACGUUGAGAAGUUUGCUGCUAUCAUUCCUAGGAUUGUGAAGUCCGUUGCACCACAAGAAAGACAGAAGCAGCUACUCCUCUCAUCAUAUUCUAUCGUGGAUGUGCCUAUGAAGUUGAGAUUGAAUAAAAGUUGUUGUGAUUGCGGUGCAUACGCUUUGAAGCACUUGGAAUGCUCGCUGCUUGGUCUUGACGUCAGUUUAGUGGAUGAUGAAAUCAUUAUGGGUUGUAGACAGAAGAUUGGAGUGGACUUAUGGGAGGCUGCACACGACCCCAUCUUUGCUGAGGUUAUGACACGAUAUGUGCCUUCACCAUGGGAGAGGUCUGAGGUCUUUGACCUGGAGGAUGAUUGAUUAACUGUGAUUUUAGUAGUUUGGUUUGUUAGAAUUAGAAAACAACUUUGGCUUUGGUAUUUGAUUUGAAUUAAGAAACAACUCUAGCUUUGAUUUUGUAUAAAUUAUGAAACAACCCUAUAAAGAACAAAAUCAUAAAAACUGAGGACCCAAACCCUAAACAAACCCUUAACUAAAACCAUAACCAUAGACAUACCCUAACCAAACCCUUAACUUAAACCAUAACCAUAGACAUACCCUAACCAAACCCUAAAACCAUAA